CUCGAUAGUAUGGAAGGACAUCGAUUUUUGUGUCAGCUCUAGUUGAUUUUCUGCGCAAUUCUUUUCGUAUAAUUCGAUUAAACAUAAAUAAAUAAAGCCUGCUAAAAGUGUAAUAUACUGUAAACGCGACACAAGAUCGUCCCUCCAAUCGCCCCCAAGCGUUUUACGGCUAGUCACUGCUAUCCGUUGCCAGACAGCGUGUUUUCUGCGUGCUCUUUUUAACCGUAUUCGGGAAAUGGGCCGCGAUCCGUAGGCGGAAAACGUGGAGAAGAGGAAAGGCAAAGGAAAAGCGGACGAGGAGAAUUGUUGGAGGGAGAGCGAAGAAGUGCGAAAAGUGUUUGGGGUUAUGUGCUAGUGUCCCCGCAGGGGGAUUUUCGCUGGUUUGGAUCCGAAGCGGAGACGUAAUCGUUCCGGAAUAUCGCUUGCACUUGCACCGAGAAAACACAAAAAAAAUCUCCACGCAAAACAUGGCAAGUGCCGUUCGCGCUAAGUCCACCGCUGCUGCUGCCACAGCCAAAGCCUCUGCCGGCAGCGUUCCAGUCGCUGUAGCAGUCGAGGAAAGCAGUGAUGACAGCAGCCACGGCAGCUCUUGGAUGCAUGAGUUACACUCCAGUCAGGAAUCCAUAAAAUUCCCCAUUCGCAAAAGCCCCGAGGUUAACAAUUCCGUCCUCUGUGUUGAUCCCAUGUUGUCGCUAAUUAAGGACCUGGAGCAAAUCGAGUCAGACGCGUUGGAGGUGACCAGUCUAAAGUCUGCCCAAGAGGCCUUUUUGGAUGCAAUAACUAAGCGGUUCAACAACCGCUGUGGGCACUACAGCCAAUUCUGUGUUGAAAAUAACAUUAAGCAUUUAUUUGCCUUAGUGUCCAUCACUUCUGACCAGAAUGAGUUUUUGCUUGGCAUAAGGACCCUAAUCCAGACCAUCAAAAUUGAGUUGAAAACGCACAAGAAAGGCGGCCUGAGGUUUAAUGACAACAUAUGCUUUAUAGAACGCCUACGGGAUGAAAAGUGCCCACUUUCUCUGCAGACCAAGCGGCACAAGGAGCGCAUACAAGCCAUGCUGUACGAGCAUCAGCCCUGGCGCAUUCGGGAGCGCAUGAAAACGGCCAGUGUGGCUCUGGUAUUGUGCCUCAACAUUGGCGUAGAUCCCCCGGAUGUGGUUAAGAUUCAGCCCUGUUCCCGACUAGAAUGCUGGAUAGAUCCUAGUUCGGUGUCACCACCAAAGGCCAUGGAACUGAUCGGAAGCAACCUGCAGAUGCAGUACGAGCGCUGGCAGCCUCGGGCAAGGUACAAGAAGUGCCACGACCCCACCAUGGAGGAUGUUAAGAAACUGUGCACCUCGCUACGCAGAAACGCCAAGGGGGAGCGCAUCCUCUUCCACUACAAUGGACACGGAGUUCCCAAGCCGACGGUCAAUGGAGAGAUUUGGGUGUUUAAUAAGACCUUCACGCAGUACAUCCCCCUGAGCAUUUUUGAGCUGAUCACAUGGAUGUCGGCGCCAUCCAUCUAUGUGUACGAUUGCUCCAAUGCAGGGAUCAUCAUCAACUCGUUCCAGCCGUACGCGGAGCAGCAUGAACACGAACUGGAAAAGGCGCUGGCCGCCGCCCAGCAGAGGGGCGGAGUCCAGCAGCUGGCGGGCGGAUCGAGUGGCUCACUCAAUGUCGCUGGCAACCAGGUGCAGCUGCCCAACCAGCUGGUCAGCUACAAGAACUGCAUACACCUGGCCGCCUGUGCUGCCAACGAAAUUCUGCCCAUGAAUGCUCAGCUGCCGGCGGAUCUGUUUACCAGCUGCCUGACCACACCCAUAAACAUUGCCCUCAAGUGGUACGCUAUGCAGGAGAAGUUGGGCAUGGUGCCGCGCAUCCAAAGCGAGCUAAUUGACAAGAUACCAGGCAAGGUCAACGAUCGGCGCACCAUGAUGGGCGAGCUCAACUGGAUUUUCACCGCCAUUACGGACACGAUAGCCUGGAACACGCUUCCUCGCGAGCUGUUCCAACGCCUAUUUCGGCAGGACCUGCUGGUGGCCAGCCUGUUUCGCAACUUCCUGCUGGCCGAGCGCAUCCUGCGCAGCCACGAUUGCACCCCUGUCUCGCUGCCCGCCCUGCCGCCUUGCUAUCGGCACCCGAUGUGGAAGGCCUGGGAUUUGGUGGUGGACCUGGCCCUGCAGCAGUUGCCCGAGAUCCUCGACCACAAUGCUCCGUACCGACAGCUGCCGUUCUUCGAGCACCAGCUCACCGCUUUUCAGGUUUGGCUGGACAGCGAAUCGGAGUCGAGAACGCCGCCGGAGCAGUUGCCGAUUGUGCUGCAAGUGCUCCUCUCGCAAGUGCAUCGCCUGCGAGCCUUGGAGCUGCUAGCCCGCUUCUUGGAUCUGGGUCCCUGGGCCGUAAAUCUCGCUCUAGGCGUGGGCAUUUUCCCAUAUGUGCUCAAGCUUCUGCAGAGCUCCACACGCGAGCUGCGACCCGUAUUGGUGUUCAUCUGGGCCAAGAUCUUAGCCGUGGAUCCCACCUGUCAGGUGGAUCUGGUCAAGGAGUACAAGUAUUUCCUAUCCGUACUGCAGGAUACCUCCGUGUCCAAGGAGCACCGUACGCUCUCCGCCUUCGUGCUGUCGUCUAUUGUCCACAACUUCCUGCUGGGACAGACGAGUGCCCUGCAGGGCCCACUGCUGUCCAUUUGUCUAGAGCAGCUCAACGACGGCAGCUGGCUGCUCCGCCAGUGGUUGGCCAUCUGCCUGGGCAUGUUGUGGCAGAACUUCGAAAAGGCGCGCUGGUCGGGAGCCCGCGAUCUGGCCCACGAGAAGCUGUACGUCCUUCUGCGGGACUCGAUUCCGGAAGUGCGAGCCGCCGCCGUCUUCGCCCUGGGCACAUUCAUCAGCUCGGUGACGGAUCGCAGCGAAGAGCAGGCGAACAACAUCGAUCGCAUCAUUGCCAUCACAAUGCUGGAGACUGUGGGCGAGGAUAUGUCGCCUCUGGUGCGGAUGGAAUUGGCCGCAGCCCUACAGUGGAUGGUGCUGCUGUUCGAGUCACAGUUCGUGGCCGUCUAUCUGUCGGAUCAUAUGCGCGGCCACGGCUCGUUCGUGAUGACCGGCGACCCCCGGGACUUAACUUCUUCCACACACAGCCUGGAGCGGCAUGUGACUAUACGCCGGGGAGCCAGCUCCAGUUCGAUUUCCAACAUGGCUGGUGCGUCAACCAUCUCGGUAGCAAGCUCCUCCACCAUCACUUUGGGUCGCUCGAAGAGUGGAUCAAGCAGUUCGGGCGGAAGAGGGACGGCAGGAGCAGCCGGCGGUACCAACAGCAUACCCUUUCAGUCGAUCUUCACCAAGCUAUGGCUGGGCAUCUGCAAUUUGGCCCAGGAUCCGUUUCCCCGAGUGGCCGCCAUUGCCCAGGAGAUUGUGGACCACGUGAGGAACACGGCACUGUGUCCCAUCAUGGCGGCCAAGGAGGCGACCACGGCCACGUCAUCCGACAAGUGCAGCAGCCUGAGCGUCAGUCUGCCGCCCAGUCCGAAUACCAGGGUGAAUUACUUGGGUGGUGGCGGCGGACCCGGAGGAGCAGGAGCGGCCGGCGAAUCACCGCCCGUCGGAGCAGCUGCCUCUGGCGCCAGUCACUGGGCCACGAAACUAAGACUUUCGGGCAGUGCCUCCACUACGACGGCCGUCACUUCCGGCGAUCCCCAGACAAUCCUGCAGCGCAAGCUGCGCACCAGCUCCAUAAACGAUGAGACUGACAGCGGGCCGGCAUACCCCAGAGGAGCAGGUGUGGCCGGGAGUGGUCUUGGACUGCCCAGCGGGCCGAGAGAGAGCACCCAUUCGGCGCGAAGCAGUGGCAGCGAGAGCAACCAGUAUCUGGAGCCCGGACACAGUCUCACACCCAUUGUCACAACCGAGUUCAUACCCUGGGCCAUAUCCUAUUUCACGCGGCCCGGCAAAGAGCGCUAUAGCAACGCCGAAGGAGUGGCGGAGGAGGGACGGCAGCGCUUCCCCGUGGAUCGCAACUCCGCGGAACUGCGGCGCAGGAAGGCUCGCUUCAUAAGGAAUAAUCUGGUGCGCCGGAACGCCCAUCGACAGCACCAGCAGAGCGACCGGUUCGGAUACGAUGUGUGCGUGUGGAACCGGAAAACGCAGUUCACACCCUCCAUUGUCAAGCUGCUGCCGUAUGAGCCGCAGAUUGCGGUGGCCUACCGGGAUAAGGUUUUGGUAUACGACUUUCAAUACCAAUCCGUGCGCACCUACAGCGCCGAGGCCCUAGCAACGGAAGCAUCGAGCUCCGCUGGCUCCACCAUUGGCUCUAGCUCCGGAUACGGAUCGGUAUCUGGAUCAUCCCUCUCGCUCAACGGUAGCAUUUCGCGGAAGUCAGCGGGAGGAGGAAGUGUGAGUCAAUCCGCUGCCCAGUUUGCCCGCGUGAGCAGCAUCGAGUUCAUUAACGCUCAUGACAUGGCACUCAAUCUGGUGGCCUAUGAGGAUGGCGUGGUGCGUGUCUGGGAAUCCUCGCCACCGGCCAGCUCUGCCAGCACCGAGGAUUCCCCAAACCAAGCGCGCAUGCUGACCGCCUGGACGGCACUGGGUCAGGUGGUGAAUCAGACUGGCCAUCGCUUCCGCAGCAACUUUGAGAAGUACGCGGAGGUGUCGGGAAACUCGCUAGGUGGAUCGGGCUCCGGGAGCAUCGUGACCGCCUGGCAGCAGUGCAGCCAGCACCUGAUUAUAGGGGGCGGCGGCUGUCGGUUUAUCCGCAUCUGGGACGUGGAGAGGGAGCUAAAACUGGCGGAUAUUCCGUUGGGACGCAGUGAAACGUACGCCCGGGUGCUGGCACCCUACCUGCCCAACAUGCGAUCCGAUGUGAUCAUCGCCGGCUGUGACGACGGCACUGUGCAGCUGUUCGACAAGCGAUGCUCGCCGCAGGACGCCAGGAUCUCCGUAUACCGGCGCCACAGUGCUCCCAUUCUGCACACCAGCCAGCGAGCCAACGAAUCGGUGUUGGUCUCCGGCUGUACCGAGGGUCGGAUCAGCGUGUUGGAUGUGCGGGCCUGCCCGCAUUCCCAUUGGUUCGCCGAGAAAGUGCUGCACGAGUGGGACGCCGGUAGCGAUGUGACAGCCAUUGCCAGUCACCAGAUUGCCGACACGGUGGCUUGCGGCAACGCCUCCAAAGUUGGGAUCUACUCGCUGGACGGACGAGUUCAGAAGGUGCUGCGGACAAACGAGGGCUUCAUUGGUCCCAAGAUCGGCCAUCCCACCUGGCUGUCGUUUCACCCGUUCAAGGUCCAGCUUGCUGUUGGCUUUGUGGACAAUACGGUGGCCAUAUACAGCCCAACGCCAGUUUUAUAAGGGCUGUGGAAAGUGGAAAACUGACGUCGAUAAGAAUCCCGAGACCUUAGUCAAUGCACGGAGGUUCCUAGCGGAGCCGGAGAUGCAGUACGCUGUAGAGCAAGUGCG